AUUAAACAAAUUAAGGGUAGUCAGUAAUCAUAAGUAGAUUGUAAGAAAUUCAUUGUUUCAUUCACACUAUCCGCCAUUAAGUACUGAUCAAAAUUAAAUCACAUGUCUUUAUUUCCGAUUGCAGAUUUAAAUACACAAAACUGUGACAAGAGACAAACGAAAUAAAAAUGAUAAAAACUAUUUCUUUAUAUAUAAAACAAAACAAAAACGCAGCAACAAAAACAACAAAAUAAACAAAAUAUUGCAUAUUUAUUUAGUUUACUUACAUUUUUCAACCGUUUACUGUAUGCUGGACCAAAAUAGUUCAGUUAUGUAAGAUAAUACGUCUUCGGCAGUCAGGCAUCCAUUGUGGGAAAGGAUUUGCAAUGAGCUCAGUUACCCUAUUUCUUUGAAAGGUUUACAUAACAAGGGUUAAUGUGAGUUCAGCCUGAAAGAUUUCAGAGAUCUUCAUUGUAACUUUUUAUAAUGGCACUUUAGACAGCUCAACAUAUAACAUGUUCAUAGCAAAGGCUUAUCCUCGCAGAGUAAUUAUAAGUAGAUAGUGGAUAUAACUGUGUAAGCUGGAGAAGUAUUUACCUUCAAUAUCAGCUGUAAACAGUAUCAAUUAAAUGCUGAUGAAAAACAAUGUGAAUUACAAAAAAAUAAGAAUUACAAAAUGAAAAUAAAAAACAGCACUUUCCUAAUAUUAAUAUAUUCAUUUGCACUUAAAAUUAAUCUGUUAACAUACAUAUAUCAAUGCAGCUUCUGUUUUCUAUAAUUUGUUAAGGUUUUUUUUUUAAAGAUAAAUUUUGUGAUAAAAAAUGAAAUAAUGAAAUUAAAAAGAUAACAUGUAGGUUUAUUUUAGACGUGAAUUUAUACGUAGUUGGCCCAACGUUGGUCCAACAACAUCUUUUAAAUUUUUAUUUAUCUUUGUUGGCCCAAUUCAGAAAAUUCGAUAGCGGAAAACUGCUGCUGGUUCGGCAAUGGCCAAAUAAGUGCAUUUACAAUACUAAAAAAUCCUAGUUCAAACAUCGAUUUUUCUUUGACGAUUUUCCGUGGUUGGCCUAAUAACUUUAUGUUUACAGGGGCAUGCAUAUAUAUUUGUUACAGUAAAAUCAGAAUUAUAUUUCAAAAGUCAAAGGCUUCCGGCACGUUACGAAGGUUAUACAAGAGAUAAUUAAAUCAAAACUUGAGAUAUCAGCAAACACAGUAGUGUUGAGUAAAUGCAGGCAUUGCUUGAUAAAGGUAUGGGAACAUACAUAGGCAAGUUAGAUUGAUUUUCACAUAAACGUGAUUUUAUCAAGUUUUUAUUGACAACCGAAAAUUUGUAUGGCAGCUAUGUUUAUCCAAACGUUCCCUACAUAAGUAGAUUAUUAUCGGCAUUUAAGUAUAAGAUGGUGAAAGUUAGAAUAUGCUUAUAUCUGCACAAACAUCCCAUCCUUUUGAGACUCUCAUAUAGUAACCCUAGCACAAGCCCGAAAACACAUAGCACAUGAUAACUAUCACAAAAAGUGAACACACAAAAUUCUCUUAAGUUAAGUUAAGGUUAACUGUUAUUUAUUUAUUCUUUUCUUGGCUGUAUAUAAAGUACAUGUAAUUGACAUUUUAAAAGGCGGGUUGUAUGAAUAAUAUAAAUAACGUAAUUCGCUAGUAACUAGUUUACUCUAGCACAAAUCUUAUCGCCUGAUGAAAGUCAAGUAGAUCUAAUAUUAUCAAUUUAAUUUGUAUAUAAUACAGGCGAGACAUGCUCCUGUUGUUUAAGGGAGAUAGAAGCUUCAUUCCCAAAACGUUACGAACACAUUCACCAGAUGUUUACAUGGCUCAAGGAUUGCGAUGUAUUGGUACAUCAAUAACCGGAAUGUUCUGGGGAACAUUAUUUUGCUACCUUCUUGUCUUUUUGCCAUUGGCGGCAAUGUUUGUGACAAUAAAAAUCCUUAAUCAGAGGAAUCUACUUGACCAGAUAUGGAUACAGUUCGAGUGGCUAAUAUACCCGAUAUGCCUGGUCAUCAUAUUCAAAGUGCAAAUUCUUUUGAUAGGUCUAUUUUUCAUCCAACCGAAAAUAAACGCUGACGACAAAUAUAGACCGCUAGCUGUAGAUAAUAGGAAUAUGUACGACGUAUUUAGCUUCUUCACUAUUUUCCUUAAUGCGAGUAUCGGAUUGUUUACCUUCCUCAAGCGUAUUUUAGUUGGUGCAUUUCUGGGCGUAUUUAUGAUUCCAAGGAUGGACCGAAGUCUGCUAAUGCGAGGAUAUGAAGCUAUGGAUAAAUGUUAUGUGAACUACAUCGGAAUGAUAAUGGUUGAUGUGGCACACAAUCACCCUGUAAUGCGCGUGUUUUGUUUCCUUGUGAAAUCUGGGGUAGAAAAUAGAAGAUAUAGAAUACCUUUAAGAUCUGCCGUGGAAAACACUGUAUAUGGCGAUUUAAGUUUCUCGGAACAUAUACCUAUUGAAACAGAACACAGCAUUGCUAAGAAAAGAUGGUGGCUUGCAUUUACCUUAAUCCGGAACCCUUCUCUCGUGGCUUUGCGUGUUCGUGACUGUAACAGAGAAUCUCGGCAUAGCUUGACUUUAAGUCUUACGGACAAUAAAUACGAUAACACGGCUCUUGUAAACCAGGAUAAUUCCGCAUACACUCGAUGCUUUUCUUUAAGAUGUUGCAGAAACUACAAGUUUGAGAUUCCUUCAAAUAUUCUCAUCAAUUUGGUGGCUUUGAUUGUAUUACUAUCGAUGCUUGUGUUUUAUUCUGGGUUUUCUAUAUUGUUAAAGCUGUAAUGUAGGAGAAAGUCAGUUUUGAGGUGUCAGCAUCAUUUGCUUUUUACUUUAUACAUGUUAACACAAACACAAUGAAUAUAAUAUUUGAUAUGUAAAAGCAGAAAUGAAUAUACUUUUAUGUAAAAUAUCUUAUCACCUUUGGGACUUUGCUACGAGUACACAUAAAUACAUACGAUUGUUUCAAUUUGUUUCUGAGCUAUAGCAUUUAAAACAAAGAUUCUCAUAAAUUCAAAUGCGUCGCGCGCUUUAAACGUGAAAAUCUCCCUACCCUGUCCUUAAUUGGAAUAAGUAAGGAAUUUGCGGAGUCUAACAAAUCUGGAAACAAAGUCAUCAUGAAACACCGCAUCUUGUCCAGCAACUAUACAUAUAAUAAUAACAAUAGUUCAUGUUUUAUGGUUUAACAUAACAAUACGGUUGUCUUUUAACCAAAUAAGAAUAUGUAAAAUGAGACUUUCCGGAAGAUAAAAAACAAAACAAAAUUAAGUAACUGCGUCGCUCAGUUUGUUUUACGAUAUUUAUACAACAAAGAGAAAUUAACAUUUGUCACAACUGCCAUAAGCAGCAUUUAAUUUUUACCACUCAAAGAAUCAUGACCUAUGAUCUUAAACUAUCAGUGAAAUAAAACAACAUUUUAACAACUUUUAUACAACUUAAAUACAGUGAUUGACAAUAGAGAAAUGCAAGUAGAAAAGCAGCCUUUAAAUUUACGACAUUAAUAUACACCAAAACACCAAAACAGUGUUGAUAUGGAAUUCAGAAACUCUUAUGAUGUGUCAUAUUCAUGUCGUCAAGUUCACAACAGAAUAUUUUUGUAAAUAUUGACUUAAUAUUGACUAACGUUUUAUAAAUGGUGUUGGAGUUGUUGUUGUUGUCAUAAUGUAAGCUAUUGAGAGAAGUUAAAAGACCCAUUUAAUUACAUAUCAUGCUUCAAAAUUCUUCUAAUACCGAUUAUUCUCUGAAUUAUAUUUUUCCUUAUAAACAAUAAUGUUUACUAACAAUUAUCACAUAACCAUUUACAGUUAACAUAUAUAUAUAUGUCUUAUUACAAAUCAAAUUCUAAGACGUAAGUCUUUUAAACUGUGUUUCUUGUUCAAUGAAUUGUGCUUUUAUGAAUUUAUAAUGAUGGGUUGUAAGUAACUUAAUGGUAAAAUAAUAUUUUUGCGGUAACAAUCACACUCUGCACCAGCAGGAAAUUUGUUUCGUCUGCGCGCUUCGUUAAAAAUCAUUUUCCGUUACUUGCGUCAGGACCUAGUGCACUAUUCGCGUUGAAAUAUAAGUAUAUUUAAAUCGCACGCUCCCUACAACAGGCAAUCUUUUUAUUUCUUAUUCUCGUAAAAUAUGCAUGCCUAUAUCACACCCCCGCUGAGUAAAACAUGUCUGUAACUCUGUCCAUCAUUGCUUGAAUUACUUACACCUAGAUUUAUUUAGUAUUUUCGUACAGAUCUAUCACUACAUUUUGUUAAAAAUGAAACAUAAUUAUUUCAUUUGCCAAAAUGUGUUUUACCAUGUCAACUCCUACAUUUAUAAAACCUUUUUUAAUCAAUAACAAUUGUUUGUACUAUCAUAAUUUUCCAAUUGACUCACAAUUAUGUUCAUAGUUAAAGACGAUAAUAACUGGUGUAAUUGUUGCUACCUAAUGUAUAAUAAAUAAAACAAUAUUUUUA